UUUUUUUCUAUUUCGAAGAACGGGAUGAGGAAUGUUAGUUGGGGGCGAUUCUUUUGGAAACGAACAGCACUGUAAGAUUUCUAAUGAGGCUUUGGUGAGAGAGGCAGCAGUUACCAACCAACCAACCAACCAGAAUCCCGCCGCUUCGAAGAUCUGGGAACAUGGAAGCAACAACAGCAAUGGAUCGGACGUGUGGCCUCGGGUAUGCCAGGUUUGACUUCCCGCCAGGUUGCAAACAAAUACUGCGCACAAAGGACCUACCGAAGUACUUUGGACGCCAUUUUCAACUAGAGGACGUCAUCCACAAGGAUCGGGCGACAGUCUCCCAGCCGUGAUGAGGUUCUAUCAUCCCGACGCUCCAGGGUGUCAGCGCCGGCCCGAGGGCGACCUAACCUGGCCCUUCCUUUAUGAUUGGCUUUCUUCCGCUCG